AACCGUACGGUAUCCAAAAGAAAUGGCUGGUUUUGCGAGGGUACAAGUGAACGGAAACGAGUGGGUGAUUCCGCGUAUUUAUGAGAUUGUUGGUCCCCUGGGAGCCGGCUCCUUCGGACAGGUGGCCAAGGCGAGGCUGCAAGACACUGCUAAUUAUGUGGCCAUGAAAAAGUUGCUGCGACCGUUUGAGUCAUCGGACCAUGCGAAGCGGGUCUAUCGCGAGAUCCGCCUGCUCAAGCAUAUGGACCAUGUCAACGUGAUUAGCCUUCUGGACACCUUCCACUCGCCGUCGUCAAAUCCCAACCCCACAAUGAAUGACUUUCAGCAGGUGUAUCUGGUGACUCACCUGAUGAGCGAAGACUUGCAUUGCUUCACGCGAAGAGUGGAGCUUCGCAAUAAUGAGGUGAAAAAGAUCAUGUAUAAGAUCUUGAGGGGUAUUAAGUAUAUACAUAGCGCUGGAGUUUUGCAUCGCGAUCUGAAGCCCGGAAACAUUGCCAUAAACCAUAACUUGGAUGUGAGGAUUCUAGAUUUCGGCAUGGCUAGGCUUUCGACCGACAUUAUGAGCGACCAUGUGGGAACCAUGUGGUACCGUGCUCCCGAGCUCCUUUUCUGCUGGGAUCAGUACACAAAUGCAAUUGAUAUGUGGUCGGUUGGUUGCAUUCUGGCGGAACUUAUCAUGGGCCGUGCGCUCUUCCCUGGCACGCAUUCAAUAAAUCAACUGGAGCUUGUGCUCAACUUUAUGGGCAGACCUUCGGAAGAGUUUAUUAACGGAAUCGCAGAUGAUGGGGCCCGUAAAUACGUUCAAAAUUACCGCUAUCGGGAAGUGUACAGUUUUAGGCAGAGGUUCUCACAGGUCGAUCCGAUGGCUGUGGACUUGAUGGAGAAAAUGCUGGAAAUGAUACCCGGCAGGCGAAUUACGGCUGACGGGGCAAUGAACCAUCCAUAUCUCAGGGAUUUAAUCGAACCGCACCACCAUCUUGAGGAUAUAGCCCCGGCGUACGAUCAAAACUUUGAGAACAUGGUUUUACCCACAAAUUGCUGGAAAGAACUAAUUCUCAAUGAAAUUAGAAAUUUCAAUCCCCCGCCAGCUUAUGCUAUGGCCUUAAACCAAUGGUAAUGGUACAAGCAGACUUUCUAAAGGAAACAUUUAAAAUUAAAUAAAAUAAAUCAAUUGUUGUCACAAAAUAAGUUUAAAAAUAAAUUGUAAUGUAUUUUUAACAGA